AUGAAGAUGCGCUGCAAAUGCCGAUCCUUGAGAAAGCGCCUGACGCGCCCGUCAGAAGUAGUGCGGCAGACUGGGCUUCGUUCCCGACUUCUCGGAACUACGCCUGGGCACUGGUUAGUACUCUUCUUUGUGGGGUGUUGUCUGCAGAUCCUGAGUAUGCUGGCAUGGGUCGGAUCUGGUGGAAACCCAGACUACGGAACUGGCUUGACUGAAAGCUUCUGGGUUUCCUACAUAUUGCUCGUGGACAUUGGCACGCAGACAGGCUUUGCAGCUGGCGAACGCGGCGUGGUCAGAGGAGUUGCAGUGGUCAUUUCGAUAGCUGGCUUCGUGUAUUGCUUGACUUUUCUGGGCAUGGUGGUGGAGCUUAUCCGAUCCCUUCUGCUUUUCUGGAAAGACAAAUACAGCAAAAUCGAUGCUCAAGGCCAUUGGUUAAUCCUCGGUUGGGGGGAUAAGACACUUUUCCUGUUGGAGGAGCUGUUGGAGGCCGUGAGCAGCAAAGAGGAGGCAAAUGCCAGAUGCUGGUUUCCGCAUCGGCAACGAAUCGUCAUUCUCGCUGAGAAAGGUGUGCGGGAAAUGCAGCGUGAAGUCCAGAUGCAUUUUCGGACCAAAGACCUGCAAGGUGCAUACCGGAAGCUGCGCUGCAUCUCCUACCGAGAGGGCUGCAGUGCCCACCGGGUCGAGCUGAUGAAGGUGGACGCGCCGCUGGCCGAGCACAUCCUGAUCAUGUGUACGAAUGAGACGGACAUCAGCUCGGACCAUGAAGCGAUCCGCACCCUUCUGGCUUUGGGUGCGCCUGAGACAGAGACGAAGGCGGAUGUGUGGACAGAGAUGCACAAUCGUGAGAACGCCCGCAUUGUGCAUACCAUCCUUCCAUCGGCACAAGGCAUCGUUGCCAGGCAUGCAGUGAAUCGCAUGAUCACUCUCCGAGCCCUGGUGCCAUCCGUGGGCUAUGCUUGGCUGAAGAUGUCCACAACCAGAUCGGGCACUCAGCUCUUCCUCGUGCCCGUGCCAGAAGACCUUAUAGGCCUCCAGCUGCAGGAUGCCCACUGCUUCUUCCCAUAUGCAGUGGUAUGUGGGGUGAAGCAGGGCUCUGACCACAAGAGCACACCUCUGAAAUUGGGGCAGCUUCCGCUCAUUUUGGAGGAAAGCGACGAGCUGGUCAUGCUUGCUUCGAGCAAGUUCACUGCAGGAUGCUGCGACGCUCUUGGAGGUGGCAAGCGAAGUGACUUCAGGCAGACGUAUGAGACGAAAGUCUCGCCAAAAGUUGAGCGAAACACGAACGAAAAAGUGCGGAAACUGCACAACAGAGUUCUCAUGCCGGACGGCCAGAUCCGUCUUGGGCCAGCAGCAGAUGGUCCUCAAGUUGUGCUCGUUCUCGGCUGUCCUGAUGAUUUCUGUGACAUUCUGGACAUCAUUGACGGCUAUGUGAGCUCAUCUAGCCACAUCCACCUUCUCUCCACUCGACCUGUGCAGUGGCGACAGACACAGCUCCGGCUGAACCUGGCCAGAUGGGGAAAGCUCUGCUUUGACAGGAUCACCGUCACCCACCACGUGGGCAGUCGACGAGAUCCUGCUAUGCUGGAGAAGCUUCCUCUUGACAUCGCUGACUGCGCUUUGGUUCUUUCAGAGCGAGAAGAUUUCGGUGAGAAUGCCAUGGAUUCGGAUGCCAGGAAUCUUACGAUUGCGAUCAACCUCAGGUAUGUCCUGGAUUGCAGGGCCGAUGCCAUCUCCCAGCAUCGACUGAAGACUUACCGCAAGAAAUGCAAGAUCGUCACCGAGAUUCAGGACCCGAAGAGCCAGAUCGUCUUGGCGGAAAACAGCAGCGUCCGGAAAACAGGAUCUUUCGUGUUUACCUCUGCCACCGAGACCGGAGUCUUUGCUAUUGCGGUCUCCUGCAAAGCCGUGUACGACCUUUUUACGAAGUUGAUUGAUCCUGCCACCAAUACUGGCCAUGUCGUUGCCGCACCGAUUCAGAAGUAUGUGCGUGGAGAAGAAACACUGUCCUUCUUUGACCUUUGUGGGAGAGUCAUCGAGAAAUGCUCUGGCACCCUGCUGGGGUGGCGCCGCAGUGAUGAGAGACACCCGGUGCUGAAUCCACCGGAGAAGGAUCGACCUUUGCUAUGGCAAAGCCAUGCCGCAGAUGAGUUGAUUAUUCUUCAGCCUGCCACACAGGCCGACUCUGAGCAGAAGCACGACCCGGCCAAGUCGGAGGAGGCUUCGGAUUUGGCAAACCGGCUGCCUGUGAGUUCCUCGCAAGAGUCCAUGGGGUCCGGCGACGAUCUGCAGACCCCAUUGUCCCCAAGCCGGAGAAGCAUGAGCGACCUUGGCAUCCAGGCUGAUACUGCCUGGAUUCCGGGUGCUCUCAACUGGCGAUCAGAGGAAGCUUGUCCUGCGGGAAGAGAUGUCGCAAAAA